AUGGGUGAAAUCCUUCUAAGGGGCUAUGGCAAAGUUGAUCCUGCUGAAGAACAAGCAUUCCGGAAAAAGACACGAAAGCGUUUGAUCAUUUUAAUAGUCUCCGCCAUUGUUCUUGUUGCUGUCAUCAUUGGAGCUGUGGUAGGAGUUGUGGUGCACAAGGGCAAAAGUUCUUCUGAUGAUUCGGUUCCGGCAUCCGGAAUGACUCCAUCGGCCUCUCUCAAGGCGGUUUGCAGUGUGACUCGAUACCCCAGUUCUUGCUUCUCGAGUAUCGCCAGUCAAGCUGGCGCCUUCAACACUACUGAUCCAGAAAUGUUCUUCAAGCUUUCUUUACGUGUCGCCAUUAAUGAGAUGUCGAAGCUGUCGGGAAUUCCAUCUAGGCUCAAGGAGAAAACCGAUGAUGCUCAAGUUAAAGGUGCUUUGACUGUUUGUGAAACAGUGUUUGAUGAUGCAGUAGAUCGGGAGGAAGUAGCCUUUAGUGAUGCUUUUGUCUCGCACAUCAUGGCCGCUGUUGCUGGUAAGGGUUUCAUGGCAAAAGACAUGACUUUCAUCAACACAGCAGGAGCAGCGAAACACCAAGCAGUGGCCUUCCGGUCCGGCUCUGACCAGUCAGUAUUUUACCGGUGUAAAUUUGAUGCAUUUCAGGACACUUUAUAUGCCCACUCCAAUUGCCAAUUCUACAAGCAUUGUGACAUUACAGGCACCAUUGACUUUAUCUUUGGCAGUGCUGCUGUUGUUUUCCAAAACUGCAACAUCCAGCCUAGGCAACCUCUGGCUAACCAAUUCAACACCAUCACAGCCCAAGGCUAAAAGGACCCAAACCAGAACACUGGCAUUUCUAUUCAGAAGUGUACAUUUUCACCUCUAGACACUACUCUAACAGCCCCAACAUACCUUGGUAGGCCUUGGAAAGAAUACUCUACUACAGUCAUUAUGCAGUCUGAGAUUGGGUCAUUCUUGCAGCCAGUGGGUUGGAAAGAAUGGGUCAGCAAUGUUGAGCCACCUAAGACCAUAUUCUACGCUGAGUACCUAAACACUGGACCGGGCGCAACCGUCGACCAACGGGUUAAAUGGGCUGGUUAUAAGCCCACUCUCACAAAUGCUGAAGCAGGGAAAUUUACAGUGGGAACAUUUAUCCAAGGCAAUGAAUGGUUGCCUGAGACCAGUGUUUCAUUUGAAGAAGCCUUAUGAUUUUAAGAAGUUGGUUAGAGAGGUAGAUAAUCCAAGGCCAAGAGUCCGAUAUUGGUAUAAUAUUGAGAUACACUUUGUGUGUG